CAAAGGACGACACUAGAAGAAUAUCUGUACAACUGCCACUUCUACUUCUACAAGAAACUCGGGCUCGCUGACAAAUCCAAGUCAUCGACGGGAUUUACGAAGGUCGAGGGUAAAUACUAUCCUAAGUGGCUUCGUCCCUGGACCAGCUUUACCAACACCCAGCGACAACAUCAUUUUGAGGCCAUCAGGACGGUCUGU